UUAUUGUUGCUAGGACAGACAGCGUCCCAAACAAAUUGGAACAGAACAUUGACUUUGACGUCUAAGCAGAUCGCGGCUAAACAUCGUUGAGGCAAUGGCAGACUACUUCGAGGACAUGGGUCACGAACCUACCGGCGCCGAGGGUCCUAAUGAUUUUGCCAAACACUAUAAACGCCUACAAGUGUUGGCCAUCAUGAAUGGCAUCGACAUGGAAAUUGAAGUGCCGGAGGCAUCAAAGCGUGCUAUUGCCGCUCUACCGGAGCACGUUAUUACCAAAGAGGAGGUGGCUGAGGAACUGGAAUGCGCCGUUUGUAAGCAGGCUGCGGAAAUCGAUGAGAAAUACAAGAUUUUGCCAUGCAAGCAUGAAUUUCACGAGGAGUGCGUCUUGUUGUGGCUGAAAAAGGCCAAUUCUUGUCCGAUGUGCCGCUAUGAAUUAGAAACAGAUGAUCCAGUCUAUGAGGAGUUGCGCGAGUUUCGCCAAGACGAAUCCAAUCGUCGCCAGCGUCAAAAUUACAUGAUGGAUUCCAUGUUUUCUUAAAUUCCAUGCUAAUGCACCUAAAUUUAUCAGUAUAUACAUAAACAUGUAUUUUAAGUGGAAAAAGGGUGGUGGUGGGUGAGGAAUGCACUUUUGGUGUGUACGCACCUGAAUAUUUUUGAAUAAAUU